ACUCGUGUCUUUCUCCGAAGAGUAGUUUUACGCAGCCGACAACGGCGCAUUUAAGACGAAUACGAUCGACUUUCUCUGCGGGAAAAAACGCAAAAAAGGUGCUUCUUUCUCUCCGCUAUGACCAUGAGAGCAAACCCGAGACUUUUGAAGAGACUGCUGAAAUGUCCGGAAACUUAUCUAUCCAAACUGGCGCACGGACAUCCGAGGAGAACGCUAUUACGACCCAUUGGUUCUUGUUGUGCGUUGAUGGACAGGAGGACGGCUCAAGCUCUGGUCCCUCUCACUUCCACAGUCAGAUCCAGACGGAGCUUUAUUAACCUGGCCGCAGCCAUCUGUCCACGAAGGAUGGAGUACUCUGAGUGCAGGACAUUUGGGUACACUCCGGAGCAGAUUUACAACAUCGUGGCCAACGUUGAUGAGUACAGCCAUUUCGUCCCCUGGUGUAAGAAGUCCCGGACUGCAAAGACCAGAAACGGACAGGUCCUUGCGGAGCUGAUGGUCGGAUUCCCACCAGUCCUUGAACGCUACAUCUCCGAGCUCACCUACAUCCCAAACCACCAAGUCCGGGCUGUGUGCAGAGACGGGUCACUCUUCCGCCAUCUGGAGACUCUCUGGAGUUUUUCCCCUGGUCCUACCCCAAACUCCUGCAACGUUGAGUUCUUUGUCUCCUUUGAGUUCAAAUCUCUGCUCCACUCUCGUCUGGCCGGAGCAUUUUUGGAAGAAGUUGCCAAAGAGAUGAUCACUGCUUUCGAGUCCAGAGCUGCUGCACUUUACAGAAACAAUCCAACAAAAUCUUUAAAGAAACCAUCUUGACAAUAAUACCUGCACAAGAGGCUGCUUUUCCCUAGUGCACAUAUGUUGACCUACACGUUUGGUAUCACAUUUAUUUAUGGAUCACAGAUUAAUUUAUUUUAUUACUUGUAAAUAGUCAUUUUAUUAUAAUUUUUUUCCCCCCAGGAUUUCCAGGUCACAUUUUUACACACAAAUACCUCAGACCUGGCCUGUACCUCAGCAAAAUAUUGUGACUUAUCCGUUUUGUUUCUUAAAUAAAAUUAGUUUUUUUCUCUGCUUCA